AUGUUCUGGAAGUUUGACUUGAACACCACGUCCCAUGUCGACAAGCUGCUGGAUAAGGAGGACGUGACGUUGCGCGAGUUACUGGACGAAGAUGACGUCCUACAGGAGUGCAAGGCUCAGAACCAGAAGCUGCUUGGCUUCCUCUGCAGGCAGCAGUGUAUGGAGGAGCUGGUGAGCCUCAUCACACAGGACCCACCUCUGGACAUGGAGGAGAAGGUCCGCUUCAAGUAUCCAAACACAGCCUGUGAGCUGCUGACAUGUGACGUGCCACAGAUCAACGACAGACUAGGAGGGGAUGAGACUUUGCUGAACCUUCUUUACGACUUCUUGGACCACGAGCCGCCUCUGAAUCCUCUGCUCGCCAGUUUUUUCAGCAAGACCAUUGGCAACCUCAUUGCAAGAAAGACUGAACAGGUGAUUCUGUUCUUGAAGAAGAAGGACAGGUUCGUCAGUCUGGUGUUGCAGCACAUCGGCACCUCGGCCCUCAUGGACCUGCUGCUGCGCCUUGUCAGCUGCGUGGAGCCUGCUGGGCUCCGGCAGGAAGUCCUGCAUUGGCUUAAUGAAGAGAAGAUCAUCCAGAGGCUGGUGGAGCUGAUCCACCCAAGUCAGGAUGAAGAUAGACAGUCCAACGCCUCUCAGACUCUCUGUGACAUCGUCAGGCUGGGCAGAGAGCAGGCCAGUCAGCUGCAGGAGGCCCCGGAGCCAGACCCCCUCCUCACAGUGUUGGAGUCGCAGGACUGUGUGGAGCAGCUUCUGAAGAACAUGUUUGAUGGAGACCAGACUGAGAGCUGCCUCGUUAGUGGGACUCAGGUGUUACUUACCUUGUUGGAAACAAGGCGGGCUGGGACAGAGGGCUUGGUGGACUCCUUUUCUCAGGGACUGGAAGGGCUGUGUACCGUCAGCAGCAGCAUACUGCACGGCAUUGAGCCACGACUGAAGGACUUCCACCAGCUUCUACUCAGCCCGCCAAAGAAAAAAGCGAUCCUGACCACCAUUGGCGUGCUGGAGGAGCCUUUGGGGAAUGCCCGUCUGCACGGGGCCCGCCUCAUGGCUGCACUGCUGCACACGAACACGCCCAGCAUCAACCAGGAACUCUGCCGGCUCAACACCAUGGGCUUACUGCUGGACCUGUUUUUUAAGUACACCUGGAAUAACUUCCUGCACUUCCAAGUGGAACUAUGCAUAGCCGCUAUUCUCUCCCAUGCUGCCCGCGAGGACAGGGCAGAAGCCAGUGGACUGGAGGGCAGGGUGGAGCUUCUGCCCGGAAGCGGGGACCCAGAGGCCCCCCAGCCUGCUGCCAGCCGCCCUGAGAACACAAUGGUGACCCAUCUGUUCCAGAAGUGCUGCCUGGUCCAGCGGAUCCUGGAGGCCUGGGAAGCCAAUGAUCACGCACAGGCAGCGGGUGGCAUGAGGAGAGGCAACAUGGGCCACCUUACCCGGAUUGCCAAUGCGGUGGUACAGAACCUGGAGAGGGGCCCCAUGCAGACCCACAUCAGCGAAGUCAUCCGAGUUCUCCCAGCGCCCACGGCAGUCCGCAGGGAGCCCUGCAAGGGAGCACCAUUACUUAGCCCUGGGACAGCGCCACUGUGCUCAGGCAUGGAGGGCCCAGAGGGGACGCCUGAGGGCCACCGGAAGGGAGGCCUAGGCGGCCAGGGGUCCUGCAGGACCUCGAGGGCGCUCACAGGGAAGGGCCUGAGCUCAGCGGGCAUCUUGGCACACAAGCCGACCUCAGGAGCCCCCAGGUACGAAGUGAGCAUGGGGACCACUGCUGUGCGGAUCUCCCUCUGCUGUGCGGAUACCACUGCAGCUGUAUCUCCCUCUCCGCCCAUCCCCCCAACCCCUCAGUGCAGCCCACAGGCCUGUGGGGGCCUGUUUUCUGGAAAGGUCAGAGCCCCAGAGUGA